AUGAUGGUUAACCGUUAUUCCAAUCCUCUUCCCAAGGUUGCGCUUGUCACGGGCGCAAAUGGUAUCACCGGAUAUGCUAUCAUCGAGUACCUUAUUCGGAGACCAGAGACAGAAUGGUCGAAGAUCAUUGUUACAUCACGCAGGCCGCUGGCGAACUACUGGAUUGACCCUCGCGUCGAGUUUAUUGCACUUGACUUUCUGGACGCGAAGGAAACCCUUGUGCAAAAGAUGAGAACUAUUUGCAGCGAGGUCACACACGCCUACUUCACCUCCUAUAUCCAUAACAACGAUUUCAAUAAACUUGCUGAGAAGAAUUGCCCUCUGUUCCGAAACUUCUUAGAAGUCAUUGACACAGUGUGUCCCAGACUGGAGCGUGUUUGUCUUCAGACCGGAGGAAAGCACUAUGCACUGCAAUUUCAAGAGACCUCCACACUCCUUUACGAGGACUUCCCACGAUAUGACGGUCCCGGCUCUAAGUCUAUCUUCUACUAUCAGCAAGAGGAUGACCUAUUUGAGGUGCAGAAACGCAGAAACACCUGGCACUAUAACAUUAUCCGCCCUCUGGGUAUAAUUGGAUUUACCCCUCAAUUCUCUGGUAUGAACGGGGCAGUUCCAAUCGCUCAGUACUUCCUGAUCUGUCGCGAGCUUGGCGAAGAGCCAAGAUGGCCGGGAAAUCUUAGAAAUUACCACCGAGCUGAAGCUCAGUCCUACUCUCCAAGCAUCGCUGAUCUGACUAUCUUUGCUACUACACACGAUAGCUGCAAAGACGAGGCUUUCAACCACAUUAAUGGUGAUGUUAUCGUAUUUAAGUUUCUCUGGGCUCGGCUUGGAGAGUACUUCAAUAUGCAAGUUCCCAGUUAUUCCUCCUUACCCGACGAAGAGAAAUCUCAGAUUGACCUGAAGGAGUGGGCCAUGGAUAAAGCCCCGGUAUGGGAACGUAUUGUUGCCAAGUACGGUGGAAGUAUGGACUCAUUUCAGAUCGACGCAUUUGAGUUGAUGAACUGGUUCGUCAACCCCGGUGAUAAUGUUACAGCCCCCUACAUGUCCACUGUAAACAAGGCGCGGAAGGCUGGCUGGGAUCGUGUUGAUGAUUCCUACGAUGCUUGGACCCGAACUUUGCAGUCUUAUGAGAACGCUGGAGUCUUACCCAACCAUCGGCACUUCCAUGAGAAAUGA